UGGUGUCUUUGUAGGUGCCGGAGUAAACAUCGCAACAAGUCCCUUGGCCAGCGUGAACCUACCGGAGGCGAUAGUGGCCGUAAAAUAACGGCGAAGAGACGCGUGGAGGACGGUAUGGAGUCGUUCGAUCUGUGGUGUUGAAAUGGAGACAGAUGUGGAGGCUGUAGAAGAAACAAACACCGAUGGAGGACAAGAGACCAUUGUUGUGUUCACGGAUGAAGAUGGCACCAAACAACCUAAACAUCUGAUGCCUUCUACACCACAAGAUACCACUAAUACAACAGAUAAACUUAACCUAAGCUCACAAGGCCUUAUUAAACUAUCUUCAGAUGAAAUUGUAUCCCAAGAGCAGGAAUCUGGAGACAUUGAACCGGUGGAGUCAAGAAGCAUAACAAGUAGAUCACCAAAGGACACAGAAGAAUCUGGUUUAACUCAAGAACCAACUUAUGCAAAUGCAAAAGAGAAUGAUCUGGAUCACAACUCGGAUAACAUGGGCAAGGGGGACCUGGUUGGUACAAAUGGUCCAAUAGGCAUGGAUGUGAGUGAAUAUCCAGUAGAUAUGAGGACAGAUAUAGCUCAUGUAGAACAGAAUCCUGUCACCACAGAAUCAAAUAACCUAGAUAUCACUCAGUGCCUUCAAAUAGGUAACCCAGAUCUAGAAAACAAUGCAGCAGAUCAAGUCACUCAACAUCUGGAAGAGAUGCAGAGAGAAAAUAUGGAAUCUAAAAGUUUUCCUUCUAAAGAGACCUCUAAUGAACAAAUCAGUAGAGAAGUAAGUGCACCCGAGGCAACCAUGCAACAAAUCCCUGAAAUUGUAGGUGCACAGGAAGUGCAAGAACAAAGCUCGAAUAAUGUGCCAGAGACCAAACCGAAUCCUCAUAACAUGGACUUUCAACAGCCUGAACUGAAUCCAAGUAGUAUGAACAUGGCAGAUGCCGCUGGGAAGCAGAACACGGACAUCGUUACCCAAGUGCCAGAUGUCACCAUGCAUCAUGACUACACCGAGGUGGUAUCAAACACCCAGAUUCUUCCUUGUCAACCUGAGGCCUGCUCCGUACCUGGGGUGUGCAGCAUUUGUCAGUCAGUCCUUACCCAGGCUCAUCGGCCUGUCCUCAUACCGUCCGACGUUCCAGCCAGUGCGGCCGUGGAUCGGAUUAUACAUGGCUCCAUCAACCCUCAGCUUAUUCAAGGCUGCAUUGUUACCAGCACCGAAGGCAGAAAUUCAGAGAUUACCCAGUACCUGAUCCUGCAGGAGCCCCAGGGUGCCCCUACUAGUUAUCCAUUGACGAUGAGUCCUGUUGCUGUUGGAGAGAGAUCCCCAUCACGCUCAUCUGGUGCUCCUGAUUUAGUGUCUGACUUGGAAGCUCUAGAAGGGAUGAUGGAAGUAGUGGUGGUUCAGCAGUACAAGUGCAAGAUGUGCCAAUACAAGAGUAGGUCCAAGUCAACUCUCCUCCGCCAUGUGAAAGAACGCCAUGUCCAUUCAGUCAAUAAAGAUGAAAAAGCGUUCCGCAAAGUGGUACGCCCUAGAGAAGAGGAGGAAGAAGAGGAAGAUGAUAUUAUGGAUGCUGGAGCCAUAGAUGAUCCUGAUGAUGAUAGUGACUAUAGUCCAGGAGAGGAUGCCACUCACAAUCACCAGAUUGAAUCCACGAUGGGUGCUUUGGCAAAAGAAAGGCCGCGCAGACGGCCGGGGCGUCCACGCAAGAUUCCUCGCAUGCAAGCUCCUGAAUUGGACGCUGGUCCUCCACAAUUGUCUACAGUGAAUGAACCAGUGGAAAUUAAUGUCAUCCUCUCUGACUUUGAAAACAAGGAUCCUGCCUCUUGCACUCCCCAAGAAGAGCAGAAACCAACCUGUCGGCCUCGCGGUCGUCCCCCAAAACACUUCAGAGGUCGAAAGUAUCAUCGAUUUAGAAGCCGAAGGUAUUAUAAACAGCCGAACAAGCCUCUGCUCAGACCUUUCAUCUGCCGCGUUUGUGGCUCCAGGUUCCUCACGCAAGAAGAUUAUUCCUUCCAUGUAAACGCCCAUGACAGCAAUGAUCCUCAAAUGUUUAGGUGCCAGCAGUGUAAUUAUCAGUGCCGGAGAUGGUCUUCUCUGAAGGAGCACAUGUUCAACCACCAGGGAAACAAACCACACAAGUGUGAUCAGUGUAACUACACAAGUGUGUACAAGAAAGAUGUGAUCAGACACUCCGCUGUGCACCAGCAUGAACGAAAAAAGAAAUGUUUAAUGAUUUCAAAAACCACCACCUACCCCUGCCCUGUGUGCAACCGUGUAUACAUCAUGCAGAAGCGGUUGACGCAGCACAUGAAGACACACAGCACUGAGAAACCACACAUGUGCGACAAAUGUGGUAAAGCCUUUAAAAAGCGAUACACAUUUAAGAAUCACCUGUUGACUCAUCUGCACUGUGUGGAAGAAAACAGGUAUAAAUGUGAGUUUUGUGAUUACAUGUGUGAAGACCGAAAGCAGCUCCUGAAUCACCAGCUCACUCAUAUGAAUGACAAGCCCUUUAAAUGCAAUCAGUGCACAUACCAUACUUUCCGGCAGGACUUCCUGCUCACUCACCAGGCAACCAAACAUGCAGGCGGGAAGCCUUUUGCCUGUGAGUAUUGCCACUUCACCACAAAGCACAAGAAGAACCUGCGUCUACACGUUAAAUGUCGACAUACACUACUGUACCAAGAGUGGCUGCAGCGGCAUCCAGAGGAAGCGCCGUGCCGACGGCGGCCCUUUUUUUCUCCUCAACAGAUUGAACAGCUCAAACAGCAGCAUGAGCAACCAGCAACCCAUGCACCAACUACAGAUGAAGCAGAAGUCAAUAAACUGCAGAAUCCUCCCAGAGAGCUUACCUAUCAUAUGCUUCACCAACCCACCGACGAAGAAGGGCAGACGCAGAACACACUAGAAGGUGCCACUAUCAUAUAUGAGCAAGGCGGAGAAGGUGAUGAACUUGCAACUCAGGCAGCUCUAGAUCUGCUUCUGAACAUGAGCGCCCAAAGAGAUGGUCCAGGAGGAGCAUUACAAGUGGCUGUAGUAAAAUCUGCACCGUGCAUUGAUGGUCAAGAACCUGAAGCUUCGUCUCAGGAGCCACACAUGGCUCAGGUUCUUACUUUGCAUAUGGAUGAGAGACAAGUGACAGAAGUGCAAGAGGCUGGUUAUGAAGAGACUGGCAUGCCCGAGGCAGGCUACGAGGGUACAGUACAGCAGAUCACCAUCAAUACAGCCUUCACCACUGCAGAAUACAGCCUUAUAAAUGCAGACAACAUGCAGGCCCCAUUGUGCAGUGAAAAUGAUGUGCCUCCUAGAUCUCCUCAUACACUGUUGGCAGAGAGUGGGAAAGACAAGAACGCUGUACAGAUCCUAAGCAAGGCACAACAUCCACAAGUUGCCUCCAAUCAGCCGAUGCCUACCACAAAAAAAUUUUCCUGUAAAAUUUGUAAUUCAUCCUUCUGGGGUCGUGCGGAAAUGGAGAGCCACAAAAGAGCUCACGUUGAAGGCGGCAAUGGAUUUAAAUGUCCAGACUGUGGGAAUUUCUUUUCUGAAACAUGGGCUGACGUCAGGGAUCACAUGACACUUCACUCUGAUCUCCGGCCUCACCGCUGCAAUCAAUGCAGUUUUGCCUCCAGGAAUAAGAAAGAUCUAAGCAGACAUGCAAUGACACACACCAACCACAGGCCGCACUCAUGUCACUUGUGUGGACAGAGAUUUAAUCGGAAAGGUCACCUAAAAUUCCACAUCGAAAGGCUCCACACCGGAGCAACCAUAGAGCAGUCCCAGCGAACAGAACUCACAUCUGUCCCAGGCCUGGAUGAGGAGCACAUAUUCCUGGCACAGGAGGAAACUGUGAGCAACCAGGAGGAUACAGCUUACAUUCAAGAAAUUACAACUGCAGAUGGACAGACUCUACAGCAACUGGUAACAGCGGAUAAUCAGGUACAAUACAUCAUUUCUCAAGAUGGAGUCCCUCACUUGAUUCCCCAGGAAUAUGUUGUGCUCCCUGAAGGUCACCAUAUUCAGGUUCAGGACGGGCAAAUUACUCACAUUCAGUAUGAACCAGGAGGACCGUUCAUUCAAGACCCUCAGAUCCACUUUGUGCCCAUGUCACCCACACAACAACUUCUGACUCAGGAACAACUUGAAGCUGCAGCCCACUCUGCUGUCACAGCCGUGGCAGAUGCAGCAAUGGCCCAGACGGUGUACACUUCAGAAACAGAGCCGGCCCUACAGCAGGAGAUCCAGUACGACGUGAUCACCCUGGCAGAAUAGCGGCUCUGUGAUUUAUGUUAUUCGGUGAUGUCAUCAGCCCGCACACUUAUUUAUAUUGUAGACCAUAUCAGACCCUGUGAAGUUGAUGAAUGAGCCCAUUGUCCAUGCCGUACUGAACAUGGAUCUUACAAAGUAGUGCUUUGACAUUCGGUGUCAUUCAUUCCUUGGCUUCCCUGAGCGUGCCAGCAGUUGUUAGCUUUGCUCUGUGCGUGUUCAGCACAGCCCUUGACAGUUGCUGAGGAAACGUCUUGCGCGGCCUCCGCUGCCCUGGGCUCGUUCAUCGCUAAGAUUUUCUGCAAAAGCAUUUGUUUUCUUCAACACGAACACAGAUCUGGUAAUGAGCAAUCAUCUGGGCUGAUCGAAAUACAUUUACACUACUCUUUCACCUCAUCUGGUGCAGAGACUGGUGUCUGAUCUGUGAUUUUACUCCCUCUUCUCUUAUCAGAUUAAAGGGAUUAGGGCAGAUUUCGGUACUUAAUCCCCCGAGUACAAGGAUAAUCGUGAAAUCGGGUAAUCCUCUUCCUCCCGUUUUCCUCUGCAAUAAACACUUGUCCACGGCAUCUGGCUACACAUUAGCCAUUGAAGCUGACCUCCAGCCAUUGCAGAUAACAAAACCCAGUUUGCAAGCAGCCCCUUAUGGUUUCUCUCACACGUGGCCUUUGUGGCGGGAGGGGUGCGAGGAGACAUUCUCUCCCGACGCCCUGCGCUGCAGCGUCUCUAUUGAUUUGUCCGAUGGCACUGUCCUCUAUUUGGGAAAGGUGUGCCAAAUGAGAAUCUUCUUUCUGCACCUGAUCCCUCAUGGAAGUCAGCAGAGUUCUGUCAGAAGCAUCCUUCGUCCUUCAUCAGAGUCUGGACUACUUCUCCAAAAGCGGCCGCGCUCAGCCAGUCAGGAGGGAGCCCUUUCUUACUAUGUUAACUGUAAGCCAAGUGGUUUAUGAACUUCAAUGAAUAGAAAUGCUGAAACGUCCAGGACUGUGCAAAGUUUUUGACCUGCACAGAUUUGUUUUUCCUGAAUACAAGGACCUGGAUAUUUGUGGCUUAAAAAAAAAUGGAGAGAAAUCUGUAAGAAAACAAAACCGUUCUCUCCACAUUGCUGAACAUGUUGCCUCAUAUCAAUACCAGGGAAUUCUACGGGUUUAAAUACAUUAGGAAAAACUAUAUAGGAAAUGACAUAAGUAAAAACUGAAUGUUAAAAGGUGUUAUCCAAGACUAUUAAAUUCCCCCAUACGCCUGGGCCCCUCACAAUGAAUAUACUUACCUCACUCCCCACGCCGCUUCCGGUCCCCGCUCCUGCUUCUCCCCAUGUGUGGAUGAAAACAUCCGGUGUUGG